AAUUAUUCUUAAUUUAGGGUUAUGUCUUUUUAGGUUCCGUUGGAAAAUGCCUUAAUUCAAACUAACAUUUUGGAUCAUUCUCUUAAUAGAAGUUUUGAACAAUUUUGUUUAAGUCCCACCGAAGAUAACGCACGUGACCUCCGGCGGCCAUUUGCAGGUGCGGAAGGGUUCCCCAGUAAGGUUGGAGUGCUCGGCCACCGGUAAUCCGAUGCCAAACAUCACCUGGACUCGGAAAAACAAUCUCCUUCCGAAUGGCGAGGAGCAGUACACUUCGUCGGUUUACGUAAUCGAGAACAUGGACCGGCACAAGGGCGGCACCUACAUCUGCACGGCCAACAAUGGCGUCGGCCAGGUGGCAACCAGCCAGAUCAUCCUACACGUGCUGUAUCCUCCGGAGAUCAGCGUGGAAAACCCCAUCGUUUAUUCCGGCGAAGGUCAGGAAGCGAUGCUUGUGUGCAUCGUUCACGGAGAAUCACAACCGGAAGUACUGUGGCACAAGGACACGAUGCAGAUCGAUCAGACAGAGCGGCACGUGAUCGAAAAUCGAGGGGCACGUCAUACCCUCAUCAUCCGGAAGGUUCAUCCGCAGGAUUUCGGAAAUUAUAGCUGCAUAGCGGACAAUCAGCUGGGCAAGACGAGGAAAACGGUUACCUUGACUGGGAAACCGAAAGCUGCUGUGUUUCGAUCCAUGCCCAAUAGCCAGUGGAAGGAUCGGUACAACAUUUCCUGGAUCGUGGAUUCACACUCGCCCAUUGAGGAGUACAAACUUUACUACCGAUUGGUGGAUGGUGAUGUACUGGCAGGACACGAGGGUCUCUAUAUGGAUGCCAUCAACCGGAAGACCCAUCACACCUACAUGGGAACGAAUAUGCUGGAAUACGACCGGAAGAUCCCCGCCAUGGAUGCGUACUCGUUCAAUGGUGGGGGCGGAGGCGGAAGUGGCAUCGUCGGGAUGGGAAGCGGAAGCUACGGGGGUCACAACAUGCAUCACAAGUGGUCCCGGACGGACUGGCGAGAUGUGGUGCUGCCGGCCUUUCCCUACUCGCAUCACUACACUCAGGGCAUGAGCUACCUGCUGCGGGGGUUGGAACCGGAUCAGCAGUACGAGGCCCGGGUACAAUCGAGAAACCGGUACGGGUGGAGCGAUUUCUCCGAAAGCUUUCUUUUCACCACGUCAAACACAGAUACCGAGAUCCGGGACCUGAGCGUGACCCACCGGGGUGGCAAUUCCAACUCCGGCCCCACCCUGGCCCGGCAGCACCACUGGAGCGUCACCCUGUCGGUGGUAUCCCUCCUGGUAACCCUAUCGAUCCUGAGGCGCACCUUUUGAAGGUGAUUGAAUCCGGUGAUAUAAACAACUGAGCAGGUGGGGGGACUGACCCGGGUAUGAACAAAACUAAACAAGGAGGAAAAAAAUUUAAAAAAAACAUUGCCACCGGUAGUAAAAUGAUGUUGAAAAAAAAAAUCACACAAAUCCAAACGGCACUGCGGGUUGCUUGCUGCUUGCUGGGUCAAAGGCAAACAAAUGAAAGAGCGAGAGAGCGCGAUGUGAGCGAGAGAAGAGAACAUUCGAAAUCCCAGGCUGUCCGAAACCCGUGUUGAUUAAGCUUUAAUUGCAUUUGGUGUGUCCCCUCAUUCCGUAGUCUGUUUGUUCCGGAUUCGAUUAAAUCAUUCACACGAACCUCUUAAAAAUGGCACAGACGCACGCACACAGACAGACAUACACAGACAGGCAGGUAGAUAAAGGUGGCACACAUACACAUACUUGCGUAUGUUUGGGUUAAUUGCAAAAUAACCCGGCGCGUCACAAUCGGUUGAUUGAUUUUGACGCCUUGCGAAAUUUAAAGUGCAUUUUUGCGGUUUAUUUUUGUGAGUUUUAUUUCAGUAGUGAGAGAGUAGGAUGUGUCGAAUUCACACUGUUUUCGAAUUUCAAAACGACUGCUUCUUUUGUAAACAAGUCUUUUUUGGCUAAAACCAAUAUAUGAAUUUUUCGAUGAAAUUAAAGUACACGGAGAUAAUUCAAAGUUUUGUGUUGAAAAUUUGCAAUUUUUUCUGUAGAGAAAAUAGUUUUUUUUUAUCAUUUUUCAAUAUAUUCUUUCCAUGCAAUCUCAAUUCAAUUUCAAUACUUGCAGCCUAUAAAAAAGUAUACUGGUUACAACUCCGCUCAAGACGAUGAAGCGAUCAAAUCAGAAAGAAAAAUGUUUUAACUCUCCAAACAGGGACGAUUUUAUUCAUAAAAUAAUCUAGCAACACUGUUAAAAAUCCAAAAACCGAUCAAAAAUAUUUUUAUAAUGAAAAAAUUGUUAACUUUAGAGACUUAAGAUGUUAAGACAAACUGAUUUUCCUCAUAUUUUAAAUUUUUAGAAAAAGUUUUUUAUCUUUCAUUGUGAAGAGCAGUGAUGCCAGGUGGAUUUGUCAAAAAUCAGGACAACAUGAUGAAAAUAUUAGGACUUUUCAGGACACCACAAAUUCUGCUUGAAUUGCAUAUAUAAAGGCGAAAUACAGAUACUCUAAACGCCUCAAUUUAUGCACUGAGGCAAGCAGAAUCUUGGCUGGUCGGCAGUUUAUAUGGAAAAUUCUCAUCUCAAUAUCAACUGAACCGAACAUUAUUAUCGGUUUAACUAUUUUACAUAUUUCUUGAUCCUGAUCAUUUAACUGAAAAUUCAAGUACAGUCUAGCUAUUUUUUGAAAAUCUGGACAAUUCACUGCAUUUUAAGAUUUUUUUUUUUAAUCAGGACAAAUCAGGACAUUUUAUAAAAUUAGGACAGUUUUUUGAAAAACAGGACAAAUCCUGAUUUAUGAGGGCGCCUGGCACCUCUAGUGUAGAGUCUCCAGAUCAGGGGUGCCAGGUUGGUUUGUCUAAAAAUCAGGACAUCGAGAAGAAAAAAAUCAGAAUUUUUCAGGACACCACUAGAUUGAUGGAAAUAAUCUGCUAAAAUUGCAUAAACAAAGGCGAAUUCACUGUACACUGUAAACGCCUUAAUUUAUGCAACAGAAUUGACCAGCUCUUUUGCUAGGCUGCAGUUUGCAUUAACACCAUUUAUUUUAUUACAAAUCUAUUCGAUGUUCGUAUCAAUUAACUACAAAUUUGACUGUGAUUGUGAACUUUUUUAAAAAUCAGGGCAAUCCAGGACAUUUUGAAGACCAUUUAUAUAAAACCAGGACGAUCUCUCGAAAAUCAGGACAAAUCCUCAAAAAUCAGGGCACCUGACACCUUUGCUCCUGAUGCACUGGUUUAUAAAAAUCAGUUUUUUUUCCAAAUCCACUGCAUCUCGUGAUUGAAAAACUUUCUUACCAUAUGAAAUCGUUUGCAAAAGAAAGAAAAUUAAAAAUAAAAAUCAGUUUAUUCAACAUAUCGAGCCUCUAAAGUAGGGGUGUCAGGUGGCCUGAUUUUUCAGGAUUUGUCCUGAUUUUUCAAAAACGCUUGAAUUGUCCUGAUUUUUGAAAAAUGACCCUUGAAAUGUUCUGAUUUGUCAUGAUUUUUGAAAAAUAUUUAAACUGUUACGAAAUUUCUAUUUAAAUGGUAAGAAAUCAAAUAAAUCUUCAAUAAAAAAAGCUUAAAAAGUUUAAACGAUUAUAUUCUUCGGUUCAAAUUAUAUUUAAAAAGUGCUUUUCGAUAUUAACUUCAGGCCAGCCAAUAUUCUUUUCGCUUAAGUUUCAUAAUUUGAGGCGUCUUCAGCACCUGUAUUUCGCUUUUAGUUAUGCAAUCUAAGCAGAGUUGCAUGUUGUUUUCAUCAAUUUAGGGGUGUGCUGGAAAAUCCUGAUUUUCUUCAUCGCGGUGUCCUGAUUUUUGCCAAAGCUUUAUCGUCAGAAAAGUGAUUCCAUUGUACGGGUUUUUUUUUAAGUUUUGCUAGAUUCUUUCAGUGAAAAAAAAAUGUUUGCAUCGUAUCAGUUUUUUCUUUGAUUCCAAUCGCUUUGUGGUUUGGAGAAAAAUCUAGUCUGACGGUUUUCGAAUAAGCUUUAAAAUUGCUUUUUAGUUUACAUAGCAUGAAAAGACCGCAUUGCAGAAAAAGCUAAAAAUCCACUUUCUCCGAACAAAAUUUUGCAUUUUUUUUUCAAUUAAUACUUUGCUUAUUAUUGCUAAUAAGAAAAUUAAAAAAAAAUAAUAAACGUUUUUUUACCAAACAGAAAACUUUUUAGGCUACAAGCUAGCGUUUUAAAGUUAAAGAACAGUGUAAAUUCGACACACCCUAGUGUGAGAUGUAUUCAGUUUGUAGCCAAUAGAGUUGAAGGGAAAAUAAAUUCCACCCUGAAGGGACAGAAUGAGAUAAAGCAGGAGAAAAUUUGAAACGCUACUAAAUGGUGGGAAAAAAAAAGUUAAGCAACCAAAAAGACUAUUUUUGAUAUGAUGGUGAUGGGAAAAAUAUUGAUUUAAUACAAACAACCCGGGGGCGAAAGCGAACGUGGUAAAUUAAAUUAAAACAAGAAAACAUAAAUGCAUAUAUUGUACAUUCGAUAUAUUUGUGCGCGUACGAGUAUGUGUGAAGCGGGUGGCGUUUUCCGUUGAUAAGCAUCACUUAUUUUUUAAUUAAAUCGAAAUUGCCGAACUGGUGCGUGAAAAUCGUUUCCCUCACCGAAAAGAGUCGGUUCCUCAAUUUGCGGUAUUUAUUCAUUUUUGAUGAUUAAUUUUAUGUUUCGUGAAAUGAUGCAAUAACCUUUACCGACUCCAAAAGGGUGUGUCUUUCAGUGUUCGUAUCGAAAAAAAAAAUCCAAGCGAAAAAAACACUAAAUCAGAUCGAUUUCCAACCGUUAAGGGAUGUGUGCGGUCUCCGUUAAUGGUUUGCAUUUACGACGACAAUCCGGACACCACAUUAUCACAACCGGAAAAUGGGCGACCCAUCAACUGCCUUCUGACUGACCGACCCAUAUCGGCACAUAACUUUCAAGAGUGCAUCUCGUGCCGUUCAUAAAUAAACCUCCCACAUUCAUUCAGUACGCCACGGCGGUCGCCGCGCUGCGUGUGUGCAUCGAUUAAAUCGAAUGGCCAUUUAUGGAACUGUAAUUAGACGUGUCCAAUUUCGGUGAAAGUGCAAACCAAUUAUAAAUGGACUAUGAAUUUAUGGAAAUUUUCAAUAAUCGAGUGAGACACCCACCGAUCAACAGGCGGCGGCGGCGGCGCGAAAACAUUUGAGCCGGGCAACCAAUUCAUUAUUGCUAGAGCUUUUGAGCUGUGAUUGGUGUUCACCGGAUGUCGGGUUGAAGUGCAGUUGUUGAUUGUUGAUCACAGAUAUCGAAACAAUUUGGUUGAAUCGAAUUCAAUUGAGAUCAAAUUGAAUUUUUCAAAGGAAUUGUCAAGUCUCAGAUUUAUGACUUAAAAACUUAAAAAAAGAUUUGAAUGGUAAUGGUAAAAAUGUACACAGUAAACGGAAACUACCGAGUUCGGUUGUUAUUUUACCGAAUUCCUAACAUGUGGAGUUGGUCAAUCUGUUUAGUAAUUUUUUCAUGGCUGAGUCGGCUAUUUUCCUCUCCUCAACAAAACCUUAUUUGGAGUAGCUCUGAGUUUUUCAAAGUAUUCAGCCAAACAAUUUUCUACUCAUAGUAGUGCCUCUGAUUUGAAGAUGCGUCCUAAACUCUCCGUAGUGAACAACUUACGAAGUCGACGCCCGCCUCGGUUAAAUAUCGCACGACAGAAACAACCUGAGGUCGUGGCAGACUACGCGCAAUCGCCCGAAGCAGCACUGCCGUUAGAGGGCGAGCUGGACGAAGCCCCUCUCGAGGACUAUUGGGAUACCAUCAAGAUACCCAUCAACAGCGCUGCAGAGAACGUCAUCGGACAUGUGCAACGAACACGAUGGAACGAAUUGUUCGACGAGGAGUGUAGAAGAGUAGUGGACGAAGAAAACGUCGCGCGGGCGGCAGUAGUGCAAAGAGGCAUCUGUCGAAAUGUGGAAAAUCAACGACAGCAGAAGAGACAGCGAGUCCAAAUUUUCUAGAAUAAAAAGCACCACCUGGAGAAGGAGGAGGAGCUCGAGGAGCUGGAGCAGCUGCAUCGUGCCCAAGAAACACGAAAGUUCUAUCAGAAACUCAACGCAUCCCGCCCAGGCUUCUUGCCACAAGCCGAAAUGUGCCGGGACAAGGACGGAGGCAUCCUAACGGACAAUCGUGAGGUUAUAAAAAGGUGGAAGUAGCCCUUCAAUGAACACCUGAACGGCUCACAUGCAGGAGACCAAAACGGAAGAGGAUCCACUCCCAACGAUGAGGAAGGCAUCGCAGCUGAACUCCUCAAAAUGUGCCCGAACAACCGGUGCCUAAACCGGUUUAUGGUGCGGAUCUGGGACACAGAACAGCUACCGGAUGAGUGGAAAGAUGGGGUAAUAUGCCCCAUCUACAAGAAGGGCGACAAAUUGGACUGUAAGAACUACCGAGCGAUCACUGUCCUCAAUGCCGCCUACAAAGUGUUGUCCCGAAUCCUACUCCGCCGCCUAACGCCACAAGCAAACAGAUUCGUGGGAAGUCAUCAGGGCGGCUUUAUGGAGAGACGAUUCACGACGGAUCAGAUCUUCAUACUACGGCAAAUCCUCCAAAAAUGCCGUGAAUACCAAGUCCUUACGCACCAUCUACUCAUCGACUUCAAAGCCUCAUACGACACGAUCGACCGAAACGAGUUAUGGAAAACCUUGAACGAGAACGGAUUUUCCGGGAAGCUGAUCAGACUGAUCAAGGCGACGAUAGAUGGAACGCAGUGCUGGGUGCGGAUUUCGGGUGAAUUGUCGAGUUCAUUCGAAUCACGCAGAGGGCUUCGACAAGGUGAUGGUCCAUCCUACAUGAUAUUCAACGUGGCGCAAGCAGAUGUUAUUCGGCGAGCGGUGGGCGAAAAGCGGGGCACGAUUUUCAACAGAUCCAGUCAACUAAUCUGCUUUGCCGACGAAAUUGAUAUAGUCGGCAGAUCAUCUGCUGCGGUAGAAGAGAUCUACCGCAAACUGAAACGCGAAACAGGAAUGAUUGGAUUAACCGAACCAGCUUGUCCAGUAAUAACAAAGUCACGAUCGACGGCGAUGAACUGGAGAUAGUCGAAGACUUUUUCCAUGUCGGCUCACUGGUGACCGUAGACAAUGUCAUCAGUCGUGAGAUCCGGAGGCGAAUUAUCAGCUCCCGCACAAAAUGUAACCUGUACACAACAUUAAACCGAUUGUCCUCUACAGGCACGAGACAUGGAUAUUUGUCGAGGAGGACCUGCGCACACUCGGAGUAUUCGAGCGACGAGUGUUAUGAACCAUCUUUGACGACGUGCAGGAGAACGGAUUGUAGAGGCGAAUGAUGAAUCACGAGCUCGCGCGACUCUACGGCGAACCCAGGAGGUGGCGAAGGAUGGACGGAUACGCUAAGCACGACAUGUUACAGUAAUGCCGGAAGACUGUCCUCCAAAACAGAUGUUCGCUGCCAAUCCGGUAGGAACGCGACGAGUAGUGGCGCAACGAGCGAGGUGGUUAGACCAAGUGGAGCGUGAUCUGGCGAAUGUGGGAUGCUCGAGAAGUUGGAGAACGGUUGCCAUGAACCGAGUGAAUUGGAGAAAUAUGUUCAUCAGGUUAUGACGUGAGACGGAACACCAAAUAAAUAAAAAUAAGGAGUGCGUGUGAAAGGUAACCUCAGGAAUUCUGCAAGUUGAAGGCUUGAUAUUCAAACCGGCAACCUUUAACGACUUCUCAUGAGUAUAUGUACAUACUUAAGACCUGUUUCAUGAAUAGCAAAAUUGAAAAUCUCUCUUGGACAGGCUCGAACAAUAACCCACUUCUACUGUCGUUUUGUUGAACUGUUAUAAAGCUUUGGCGAAAGACCAGGAACGGAAUUAUGAAACUCGAAACAAUCGAGUUUCGGUCGAUUCGACCGACUUUGGCAUUACCGAUCUUGAACGAGCUCGAUUCGAAUGGACCGUUUCGAGAUGAUCUACUACCCGGUUCACUCGAAAUCUAGUACGUUGAAAUUUAGAAUUCGAACGAGAAACGUAAAACGGUUCUAAUUCGAUUCGAGUUCAAACUCGAAACGAGUAUCUCGAAUCGAAUAGGAUUCAUAAUUUCUCCACAGGUUAUUGAGAAAACCGUAUCAGCCUCUAUCAGAAACAUGGUAGGGUCGACACGUUCACAAGAAACGCUGCUCAGGAACAGGACAUAUUAAACGACUUAACUUUAGGAUUAACUUCAUCUUCCAUACCGCACCUACUCAAAGUUAAUACGGUGGAAGUAGAUUCGGCCCCCAUGCGCGGCAUUGAGUCUUUUCUAUGAAGACACCUUGGGAUAAAAGGAGCAAAAGGAGUCUCAGAAAAAAGGACUCCACCUGGAACUUCCCCCAGAACGAUCCCAGGUCCCCACGAUCAGAAGCACGUACACUACGCAUAGAUUGAGUUUUCGAUUACCGAGAUCAAUGCGGGUCCAAAGAAGGUUCAGAUCGUACCAGGAAACGUCUUCGAUAAGCAACGCUGGGAGUACGGACCUAAUUGCAAGUUACACUCCACCACCAGUAGAUUUUUUUGCAUUUGAGGGAGCUACAUAAUCUGGAGAGGGUACGGUCAGAUAUCCAUGGAGGACGAAGUAGCGAGCAGGAAAUCGAGCAGGCAGAAAUUGACACCACCGAUAUUAUGGUAAAAAAGGCUGGUAGAGUGGGGCCGAUUUAUCAUACGGAGAAGCACUGUCUAAGAUAUCAUACUUGCCUGAUAGUGCAAGCUGGAGAACCCCUUCGUCACAGACGAGCCCAGGGCCGAGAUGAUUAUUGACGCUGGCUGGGUUUAUUAGUUCCUAAUGCGUUACGUCCCGGUACUUAAGUCCCAAUAGAAAACACUGGAUUUGCGAGGUCAGGAGUGUUUGGCUGGAUACAUCUGUCGGAAAACGAAAGCUGACUACGCCAAGGAGAUGUUCUCGUCGUAACAGGAUUGCCUGAUGAUGUGAUCUGGACAACCCUAUCGCCUCUGACGAAUUCAGGGCUUGGACGAUUGUUGACGAUGGCAGGAAACAAUGCGACUGAGUCAAACGGCUCCAGGAUCUCCGAAGGGCUCAGAUCGAUGCGUUCUUGUGUCGAAACCUGAGAAGCGGUUGAUUCACUCGUAGACCAGAUAUGAUACCAUUGUAGGGUCUACGAUUAGGUGAAAAUUCGGUGAAAAUGAAUACUUGCCCGAAUGAGUAGGCUGGAGGACCUCAGCACCACAUUUGAACUCAGGGCUGGGAAACAGCACGACUAGGUCGAGGGGCUUUAAGGCCUCCCAUGUGCCAAGUUUGUUGCAUCCCUGUGGAGAUACCUCAGAAGCGUUGGAUGAGAGCUAGGGUCUCGUCGUCGUUGUCAAUUGUAAUGAGAGCCAUGUGAUACUCAUCGGUCUUCAAACCUCUAAGAGGGUCUACUUAAAGGACCCCGGUACCAAUCCGAUUUUAAAAGAAACAAAUCUUCUAGUGGAGCCAUCUACACCUUUCGGGUUCAACCGUUUCACUUCCACCGGUGAAACUAUGUUGACAUCUUCAUCGGUAACUUGCGGUUGAAGUCCGGCGAGGUACAGCCAGGACUUAGGUGCCAAAGGUGGAGGAACAACAAAUGGGACUGAAAGAUCACUAAGAUCGAUAGACUAAGUUCCAGUAAUUGUCGAAGAGACUAGCGAUAGUCCAUCAUUAACACGGCGACGCUUGUUAUUUGGUGAUGGAUAUGCUUGUGAUGUCCGUUCAAUGAUGGCAUUGCUUCGAAACCAUAUCAUCGACAUUUUUAGACAAAAGGUCGAGUUGUUGCGUUAGCUUGUCCAAAACAACAUCGGGUCAAUCGGUUUUGAUAGCGGUGUGGUCAAUCAAGUCGUCAGCAGCGAAUACUUCGACCGUUAAACUCCGUACCACCCUGUUGCGCCGGAUGAUGAAUCCACAACACUGCUAGCUGAUGUGAAAAAAAUUCUAUCAGAAUCUACAACCUAGCGGCUCUAGGUCAUUGAUCGUUAAUUAGCACUCUCCACAAUGCUUUUUAUCCUUCAUGUUGGCCAUCAUGUCAAAAAGACAUAGAUUCGAACAAAUUCCAAUAAGCUCCUCAAACUUUUACUUCAACCAGUACUGUAUCUACGUCCAACGAACGACCUUACUCUUUCGAGCCAGAUAUUUUGACCUGACUAUUGAGUGUUUCGUUGCGAUCGCAUUUCUCAUAAUAGAUAAAAGACCACCGGUGGCAGAGUGUUGAUUUUCGUUUAGUCAAAUCUCCCAGCGUUGCAAAGACAGUUCCUGGAGUGAUCUGGAACUUGUGUUGAUCCGCAUUGAUCUUGGUGACCGUAAACUUAAUGCCUGCGUACUGUAUCUGCCUCCUGACCGCACGAGAGAUGUUGCCCUAGUUGAAUCUUUUUAGCGCUGCUUAUCUAAAGUUAGUUCUCUCUGUGCAGCCGAAGAUGACAUUCUAGUGAUUGAAGACUUCAGUUUGCCCGGUUUGAAAUAGUGCUCCAACCAUGGUAACUUUCUCUACCCGGAUCCAGUACGCUCAACUUUUUCGAUCGUAUCGAAUGUCAUACAAGACUCCCUGAGUACAGCUACUUUGCGGCAGAUAUGGGUCUCGUGUACCAUCCGUUGUUAGCUCCGGCUUCGUACGUUAAAGCAGUACACCAUCAUCCUGCUUUAUUGGUCUCGCUCGUUGUCACUAGACUUGCUCCUGUCGCAAAAUUAGCACCCUUCUAUCUUGACUUAAAGAACGCUGACUUUGACGAGAUUUCUCGCACUCUGGUUUUCAUCGAUCCCAACGCUGUGGCCGAAACCUGCUCGCACGUCUUGAAUUCCGUUAUCGAUCGUCACGUACCAAAACACACUACUGAAGAGAAUAUACGUACUUUUUGGGUCCCGAGUGAACUACGACGACUAAAGACGGCAAAGAGAUGUGCCCUUUGAAAUAAUAAUAAAUCAAGAUCCUCCUAAACUAAGGACAAUUAUCGUAGACUAAAUUCUGUUUACAAAAAAAGUCAGCAAACGUUGUCACCAAAACUAUCUGGCUCGAGUUCAGCGUGAUCUUCAGUCCAGACCAAAAUCAUUUUGGAAACAUGUUAAAAGUCAACGGAAUGAACCUGGUCUGCCAACCCAAAUGUUUCUGGAUGUUUCUGAUUGUGGAGUCUGUGAUCUCUUUGCUGAAAAAUUCUCGUCUUUUUUUUUUUAGUUGGUAACCACAGGUGGUAAAUCCCGGUUCACCCCCAGUUUGCUACUCUGUGUCCUUGGGUACAAUGGAAAGACUCAUGAUAUACGCCGCAGACCUGGUUCCCACCUAGAACUGUUUAGUACACUAUGCUUCAAUAGUGGGAGGUCUAUUCGCGCUAAUGCGCUCCAAGGCAAUACUCAUUAACGAGACCACUUUCAGCAAAACCUCUCAUCCUUACGACUCGACGCCUGAACUCUCCUCUAACGACUUGAGAACCGACAUCUCCUCGUAAUGACUCGAGAUUCCCACACAAACCUCUCCUCUUCGCGACUUGAAGCCCGAUCUCUCCUCUAACGACUUGAGAUCCGACUCCUCCUCGCAUCGACUCGAGGUUUACCUCUCCUCUGCACGAUUCAAGGCCCGAUCUCUCCUCUAACGACUUGAAAUCUGACCUCUCCUCGUAAUGACUCGAGGUGACCACUUGUACCCCUCCUCUUGUUGAUAAGAGGCCUGAUCCCUCCUCUUACGACUCGAGACCUGACCCCUUAUCAUAAAGACUUGGGGUUGACCACACAAACCUCUCCGCCUGAAGGUUUGAGACCUGACCUCUCCACAAACAACUCGAGGCCCGACCUCUUAUCUUCAGGGUUCGAAGUUUGCCACCUUGCCCGUCGUGUGCCUGAUCGAGAGCAGCUUAUCCUAGACUCGCGCCUGUCACGGCACACGCGCGGGACUUAGCGCAACGACUCGGAUGAUUCUCGACGAAGACGUCAUUCUACCCCGACUCGAAUGGCUCACCCGUCAUCGAGAGCCACUCUACCCGUGGGUAUUCCCCGAACGUGGAAUAACCCUUUCCCAACGAUUUCCACUGCGAAGAAGGUCAAGUCUUAUCCUCGCAGCUCCUGUCGUUGAGAACCGCUCUACUAGGAUACUUCCCGAAGGUGGAGCAUCCUACGCACGAGCGCGGCGCACCCACGGCAUCCACUACGCAGAAGAUGUUGCCUUAUCUUUGUAGCUUCAAACCAUGGGGUCGGACGCACUCUACUCGACAGCCCCCCGUCGAUGGGGUCAGUCUACUCCGACCGUUGUCCGGUCUUCUUUAUCCCCCUUGGCUGGCAACCCUAGGAUUUUUGGCCCGCGAAUUUUCUUGCCCGUUGUGUGCCAGAUCGGGAGCAGCUUAUCCUGGACUCAUGCCUCACGGCACACAUUCGGGACUUGGAACGCUACGACUCGGAUGUUUCCCGACGGUGACGACAUCCUACACCGACUUGAGAGGCUCGCCCGACAUAUCGAGAGCCUCUCUACCAGUGGGUAUCCCCCGACAGUGGUUAACCCUCUUCCCUCGAGAUUCGCUACGAAGAAGGUAAAGUCUUAUCCCCGCAGUUCCCCUCUUAGAAAGCGGCACUACUCGGAUACCCCCCGACGUUGGGGUAUCCUACACACGUUCGCGGCGCGCCCCUGACCUCCGCUACGCAGAAGAUGAUGCCUUAUUCUCGUCUAUCUAUAAUACAGCGUCGACAUCCCCUGAACAUUUGGAUAGUGCAGUCAAGACGGGGGACUUUUUCUCCAGACAUUCUCUGCUUCUUCUGGUAUGUCUCAGGGAAGCCAUUUAUUGCCGAUUAGCUUCUUAAUCUACUUCAACGAUGCGCUCUCACUCCUCGACCGCCCAAAGCUAUGCUUUGCUGACGACCUACAACUAUUUUACAAAAUCAUUUUGGUCUCUUCGCAAACUGGUGUGAUAUUAACUGCUUGCCUUUGAAUCGCAGUAAAUGUGCAGUUAUCAGCUUUUCAAGAAGGCGGCAGCCAUUUUCCGCUGAGAACAUCCUCGGAGAUGAGCCAUUUGCACGCGUAGAACACAUCAAUGAUCAAGUCUGGAAGCUGGAAUUCAGGACACACACAAACUACGUUGUCGGCAGAGCCUCGAGAAGUCUUUGAUUCUUAUUUCGAGUGCCCAAGGACUUCAAGGAUGUGUGUUGCCUGAAAAAUUUCUAUUGCAGUAGCGUUCGCUCUAUCCUUGAAUAUGCAUCAGCUGUUUGGUGUCCCUACUACUAGAAUGGGGUCAAACGGAUCACGGACACUCUUCAAGCUCGCAGAAACGCAGCACGAGCUUCCUUCGUCGCCAAUCUCUUGACAUCGCGAAUUGAAUGCCCCACGCUUCUAGAAGCCAUUCCUUUAAGUGUGCGACCCCGUGAACUAAGAAACCAAGAUCUUCGAUUGUUUGUUCCCAUUCGAUUGAACAAUUAUGGAGCUAAUAGCGUUAUCAUCGGUGUUAUGAAAACAUUCAACCAUUUUUCUGAGCACUUCGACUUCGACUUUUCAAAGGAUGUUUUCCGUAGUAAAGUUUUAUGUGUUUUAAGAACCCUGUAAUUAGACUUAGUACUUUUUCAUUUGAACCAAUAUGGGUUCCGUUGAUUUGUAAUAAAUAACGAGAGCGCAUAGAUUAACCUGGUCCAAUGUUCAUCGCUUCUGAGAACCGCGCAAAGCACACAACCAAAACAAAAACAAACCGUAAUAAACACAGAUGUCGGUGCACGGAAACUAAAGCGGGUGUUUUCGGGACGGAAGAUCGUUUUCCGGGAGAUCUUUCACUUUUCACGACUCCGCGAACUAAUAAACGUUGGUUCGGAUGGCACCAGGACAAAUUUCGGGACGACAUUCAACGAAAAUCGCGAAAGCAAACUAGCUCACCGAAAGUAAACAUGUCAACGUGUAGAAACCUCAAAAGGCUUUGAUUAAAUGUUGCAAUAUCCCAAAGACUUUGAGUUUCUCAGCAGUAAUGCAAUCGAUUCCAGGCGCUAUGUUGGAUUUUUAUGCGGCUAACUGUUAGAAAAGAUUGCAAGUUUCUAUAGAAAUACCGAAAUCUUAAAUUUUCUUAUACCGUGGUUGAAUUGGAAGGAAUCCUUCGAUUGAUUUGAUUCAAUAAAUUGUUUUUUUUAUGUAAAAGUUGAUGAGAUUUCAAUAGAAGUUUUAGAAAAGGGUGAACUUGUAAAAAUGAAAUUGGAAAAUUAUAUUUGAAAAACAUGUUUAUCAAUUAUUCGUGCUUUAACAAAUCAACUAUUUCAAAACAAAAUUCCAAGCUUGAAACUUAAACUUCUAAAUCCAUAUUUUUGAAUAAAAUCCAAUCUGGAUGAUGAAGGUAAGUGAUUUUUUUUCUAAAAGGUUCGGAAAUAUUGAACAAGACUUGGAAGGUGAGAGUUUAUUGCUUAUCCACAGAGUGAAAGAAAUUUUGAAAAAUUUUUAGGAAUAGAUUUUUGAUUAUCACAUUGAAACGCCACCCGCUUUUGCAAUAAUUUAAGGCUGACUUUGAGUUUUUGCUCGUGUAAAUCCUCGCUAUUAGUAAAACAAAAAGUAAACAUCGUCAAGUGUUCGUCCGGAAUUCAGAAGCAAAUAUGGUAACAGAAGGAAAGGAAGCGGUAAUUUGAGAAAGAACCUCUACAAACUGUUAGUCUAUUAGACGAAUCCUAACCCUAGAACAAAAAUUAAACGUGUUAUGAAAUGUGAGUUAAAUAUUGUUAUCCCCACUUAACGCGGUCUGCUUCUUCCGGUACAGCAGCAGUGUCCUCAAAAAUAUGGAAAGUUAUUUUAUUGCCGAUUAUUUACAAUGAUUUUUCCGAAUCAAAUCAUGUGACUGUGCAAAGAUAGCAAUGUAAGCGUAGAGUGACAACCGUUGGGAUUAGCUAAUUUUCUCGACAAACAAAAAGAUAAUGAAAAAAAUGUACCGUAACGAUAUUAUGUGUUGUUAGGGAAUUUUAGAGGAAAAAGAGAAAUUUACCAGUUGAACCAAAUUGAAUUUUUAUUUAACACUUUCUAUCAGUGACAUCCGAAACAUCACCUGAAAGGAAAGAUAGGUCCGAAAAAAGCAAAAACAUUAAAGAAAAAAAAUAUUUUUCUCUGAUAUCAAACAAUCUACAAAACCCGGUAAACCAAAUCAUUUCAGCUAGGAUCAAAUUUUCAUGAACCACAUACACACAGAAAAAGUCUAAUAUAAAAAAAAAACUUAGUGUAUUUAUAAGUGGAUGUGAGCUAUUGCAAACCAAUGGAAGUACAUUGCAGAAACCAAAAUCUGUUUUAAAUUCAUGAAACAGUAAUGAGCAGUAAAAUUGUUCAGUUUAAAGAUGUAGAAAAACGGUAAAAAUCUUUAUAAAAAUUGAACUCUUUUUAUGACCUUAUAAAAUGAUAAAUUCUAGAGUAAAAGUACACAAACAGUAAAGACUAAAAUACGAAGAAAAAAAAAACAUACAUCUUAGACGCACUUUUGUACAUAGAAUGCAACCACCCACAUACACAAACGAAAAUCUUGCGAAAAGCUGUAUUCAUAAUGAUAAAAAUUUACUUCAGAAAACACAAAACAUGUAUGAAUUCUUUGCAAAAACUGUGUAAGAUUUCACUCACAAACCAGAACCGAUAAUGCAAAAUUUGCACAUGCUCACUUUUAAGAGAAAAUUCUGCUAGAACUCAACAUUUUUAUCCGUUACAGAAUCUUGUCAUUUAGGUUGAUAUAAAUAAAGGCAGUCUUUAAAAAAAACAAUAAAAUAAUGUACAUUUCCUACUGUGUAAAAACAAUCAAAAAUUUAUUUUUAAAUUUUGCUCAAACAACAAAAAAAAAAAACAAAACACUAUCAGCAAAACUGUUUAUCAUUUGGCCCAGUCAAAAUCCUGAAUUUCAAAUCUGUGGUAUUUACAAAGCGCGAUUAGUAUCAGCAUUUGAAAAAAAAACAAUGCAAAUCCGAAAAAGAAAGGAAAGAAGAAAACUCAUCUUAGCAACAUCCAAAUGUCGAUGUAUAUUUUUUGAUAAGACAAACUUAAGAAACAGAUAAAAAAAAGUAAAAUGAACUCAACAUUCCUUAUCCGAUGCACUAAUUAUGGAUAUAAGAUCAUAAGAAGUAAAAGAAAAACAAAUCACACUCAAGAUAAGACAAACAUUAAAAAAAAGAUGAGAAAAACAAAAAUGUCACACACACACAUGGUGGGUAUUAGCAGAAUGAAACAAACAAAACCAAAAUCUUAUUUGCUAAAAAAAUGUCAAGCAAAAACAAGAAUGGGUAAUCUUAAACUAUUAUAAAUAUAAGAAGAACAAAGAUAAAUCUUCGAACAGAAAAGCGCUAGGGAAAAAUCUGUUGUAAGAGCCGAUAUAAGAUUAUUAUAUCUAAGACAAUUUGCUGAAAUAAAGAAGUAUAAAAGAAUAA